AGCCGUGACGACGUGAACGGAUCGCAGCUUCCAAACGCGCCUCACUCAAUACUCUGUAUUCGAUGAUUACGCGCAACGUUGCCCAACCGGUCACUGUUAGAAACUUGUCAAAUUAAAGAAAUCGUUACCUCACUCGACGGACUGUGGCUUGUUUUUUUUUUUUAUUUUUUUUGGUUCAGUGCAUUAGUGUUUGGACUUUGUGAUUAGUGCCGUCGGUUGUCGGGUUCGUCGGACUAGGAACAGUUAUCAAAAAACCACUUCAACAUAUGAUAGGAAUUAUCAGUAAAAAAGGAGUAAAAUUCGUGAAAACUUCAAUAUCGUGAUAGCCAUAGGCCCUACUACGAUCUCUUAUUUCAUAGUCGUAUCUAGUAACAGUUCGCGGUGUGCGAGUGUGUCAAUCCCGCGGGGUGGCUCUUCACGGGGGGUGGGGGCGGCCGGCGCCGGCGCCCGCGCACGCCGCCACCACGCUGGUGGGCGGACUGGUCGCGCCGCCGCGGGAACCCACCACGGCGGCAGAGGCCUUCUGGAAAAUGCCUCACAAAGAUGAACUCAUGCACAGCGCAGCGAUGGGCGGCGGGGCACUCUUCGGGUGCUCCUCAGCCGGCCACAGCGGCAUCAAUCAGCUCGGAGGGGUCUACGUCAACGGGCGACCGCUGCCGGACUCCACGCGGCAGAAGAUCGUGGAGUUGGCACACUCGGGCGCGCGGCCCUGUGACAUCAGCCGCAUCCUGCAGGUCUCCAACGGAUGCGUCUCCAAGAUACUAGGCAGAUAUUACGAGACGGGGUCGAUCAAGCCCCGCGCCAUCGGCGGCUCUAAGCCUAGGGUCGCCACGACGCCCGUCGUGCAGAAGAUAGCUGACUACAAGCGAGAGUGCCCUUCGAUCUUCGCGUGGGAGAUCAGAGACCGCCUGCUCAGCGAGAACGUGUGCAACAACGACAACAUUCCUAGUGUAUCGUCAAUAAACCGGGUCCUUCGGAACCUGGCCUCGCAGAAGGAGCAAGCAGCAUCAGCACAGAACGACAGCGUGUACGAGAAGCUCAGGAUGUUCAACGGGCAGGCGGCGACGGGGUGGUGGUACCCCGGACUACCCACCGCGCCGGCGGCUCCCGCGAUACCCGCGCCGCUACCACCCCAGCUCAACAGGACUGGGAACACCGAGGAGCAUAAGAGAGCAGAUCCCCUGCAAUCGGAGGCUGGUUCGGACGGCAACAGCGAGCACGCGUCAUCAGGAGAUGAGGACUCGCAGAUGAGACUUCGGCUAAAGCGGAAGCUGCAGAGGAACAGGACCUCCUUCACCAACGACCAGAUAGACAGCCUGGAGAAAGAGUUCGAGAGGACCCACUACCCGGACGUGUUCGCGCGCGAGCGGCUCGCUGAAAAGAUCGGAUUGCCUGAGGCACGUAUCCAGGUGUGGUUCUCCAACCGCCGCGCGAAGUGGCGUAGAGAGGAGAAGUUGCGGAGCCAGCGCCGGGACGCCCCCGCCGCGUCGCCACCCGCGCCGCCCACGCCGCGGCUGCCGCUCAACGGGGGCUUCAACUCCAUGUAUAGUCCGAUACCACAGCCCAUAGCUACUAUGGGUGACUCUUAUAGCUCCAUGUCGGGCGGGUUGACGUCGUCGUGCCUGCAGCAGAGGGACGGCGGUUACCCCUACAUGUUCGGAGACGUGCUGGGUAGCGGCGGGUACUCGAGGGCGCCGGCAGCACACCAGCAGCACGCGGCGUACUCGCAACCCCAAGCCACUGCUAGUACUGGUGUGAUAUCGGCGGGUGUGAGUGUGCCAGUGCAAAUACCCUCGCAGGGGCCCGAUCUCGCAUCGAACUAUUGGGGGCGGCUUCAGUGAUCUCAGCUAUUCGGGUUCCCGCAUCGGCUACUGUCGAUGCCUGAGAACCCGAACAACGUGCCAGAGUCGCCAUCUAGCGGCGAGCUCGCGCAUAACUACGCCGACUCUCAUCUCACCAUGAACGCUGCUCUCAACAUGACGGCAGGGCACGACAGUGUCCUGCCAACAGACAUGCAGGAACAAAACAAUUCAGUGUCGUAAGUGAAACGUCAACCGGUAUAGUGACUCUUAAUUUCUACAAUGGUGCAGUUUAUUUAAUUUUUUGUACAAUACAUUCUCGAUUUUAAACGUUAAAUUAAGAAAAGCAACUGAUGAUGUUCAAACCUAGCGGUAAGCGACCUCACACAAUGACGUAUGCCUCGAGGCGUUUCUUUUUGAUUAAUUGCUUGCCCGUUGUAUUAUAUAAUGUGGCAUGUAUCAUUGCGUUUGGUCAAUAAAUAGUAAGCUAGUAAAUAGCGUGUAAAUGUAGAUAAGCGCCAUCUACCGUUGAGUAGAGAAAGCUUCCACGUUGAAGCAUCGUUCCGCGGCAAGAAUGAAAAUGUAAAUUGUUUGUGCCAAUGUUUGUUAUAAUUGAGUGUUCCGCGCCCUCCGCGUCCUCCGCUCUUGCAACCCUUCUAUUUCUUUGAUGUAUUCCGCAGGGGUGCGAAAUAUUAAUGCUACACACAAAAAUAAGCUUCGUUACAUCGAUUUGUUUGACACCCUUGCGAAACAACAAAUUGUCAUAUCCGAACUAAUGUUGUUUAUAUUGUGACGCCCUUGUAUAGUAAAAUAAUAGAUGUUGUACGUAAAGUGUUCUCGAAUACAUUAGCACACGCCACGAAACGAAUUAAAUUAUAUUAUUUAUUACGUGUAAUUAAUUAAGGAGAUCAAAUAUUGCUGUGAUUAAACGUAGCUAUAGAUUUAAUUUAAAUUUGUUUAAAAGCAAUACCGACUGGAAAUUGUGAAAAUGUACCAAUUGGAAAUAAUUAUAACUUCACUUUGAAUUGCUUGUGUUUUGUUCAUAAAUGGUGCUGGCGUACAGCACAAAGUAUGUUAAGAAACGAAUUGUAUAUUAAUAUUUAUAUAUUUUCAUUGAGAAAAAAUGCAAUAUGGAGUGUAGGCGUUACAGUAAAAUGUAUGUAAUGUAAUUUAGUUUGGAGUUAAAUGUAAAAUAAAUUAUUACUUCAUAUUAAGUGCAUAUAGAGGGAAGAGAUAACAGUGAAAUUUAUUAAUAAAUAUUGCAUUAACCAAUUA